AUGGCGAUUUCAGUGCUCUCUUACUCUACAAUGGCUCUUCAACUCUCAAUUCACUAUGCUCUCUUACUCCUACUCUCUGCAAUCCAACCCCCAGUGCUCUCGAUUCCAACUCUCUUGCUUAUGGUGGUUCCAAUGGUGAUGGGGGCUCACUAUGGUGGUUCACAAAGGAGACCCGGUGCUUAUUAUGCUCGGAGGAAGAAACCCCCAACUCUCAGUGGCGAUUCCAAUGGGCUCUUUGGUUGGGUGAUGAUAGUCGUCAUGAUUUCAUUGACGAUAUAUAUCAUGGCAAGGAAAAGGAAAGCAACGGACAUGGACACCGACAAAGGCAAGGGAAAGAGUGUCGGUAGUAGUACAAACAAAAAGAAGGCGAAGGGAAAAGGCAAGGGAAAAGGAAAGGGAAAGACGGGGUUGCGUGACGAGCCAACGGAUUCGGAAACCGAAUCGGAGCAUAACACAAGGGAGGCGGAGGCGGAGGCGGAGGAGGAACCGGUGAGAAGAGUUGUGAGGAUGCCACGGUCACAUUCAUGCGGCAUUUUUGGAGCUAAGAUACCAACAAGACCUCGACGGAUCAAUAUCUCCGAUGGACAUAUUGAAGAUAAUGAGGCAAAAAAGACUUUGCUUGCGAUUAUUCGGGCAAGAUGGCCUUUGGGUAAAUACACGUUUAGUGACAUAGACGCGGCUUACCCAAAGUGGCUCGGUCUAAGGGUUGAGGAGUUUCUCAAAUAUUAUAGGCAAUUGAAAGGUCAAAGCCGUUCACAAGCCAAAGCUAUCAUUGAAGAUCACAUAAAGGUCACAAUCAAAAGGACCAUGAAUGAAUUGAAGAGGAGGAUCGAGAGGAAGUCAAGGGAGGAAGGGGUUUCGAAGUUGGCUUUGAAACCGGAAUAUUGGAAUAUCAUUUUUUGGAAAGAUCUUCUCAAGUAUUGGGACACGGAUGAAGGCCAUUUGCAUAGGUCGGAAGUUGGAGCUGCUAAUCGGCAACGCGUGGAAAGGUUGCAUAGCGCGGGUGCUCGCUCCUUCAACCGUGUGCGCGAGAACAUGAAAAAUAAAUCGUCUAAAAGUCCGACAAAGCUUGAGGUGUGGGAUGAAUGCCACACUAGGAUCGGCUCCACUCCCGAGAGCCGGAUAUAUACUACCCCCGCCGCUAUGCGCAUUGCGGAACGAUAUGCCUCGAUUCUUGAGCGUAUGCCGGUGGAGGUUACUCAAACGGGGGAGCGGGAUGAGCCUUGGGAUUGGUGGAUGGAAGCAAUGGAGGGAUUCCACCCGUGGCGGCGCCGGCUCAUCCUCAUCCGCUCCAACACAAAAUCCAGUGGUUCCCGAUUCCAUCUUCCUCCCGAUUGUCCGCAAUGUGCUCAAUGA